AUGGGUCGGCAAAUCGAUUUUCAAACAAGGAACGGUUUCGUUCGCGUCCCAAUCCUCAAGAUCAGCUGUGGUAUGAUGCGCCCUGCAAACAAAACACUGCAGACUCUGCCGCCCGGACAACCCGCAUUCCAGCGAGAGGCCAGUACUUCUGCGAUGGGAGACGACUGUUUCGACGAGGCUCAAAUGAGUGAUGGCGGCGACUCUCUCCGCAGUCUCUUCUCCGAUUUCACGGACGAUCGGCUGGGGGAUGCUGAUCACAAUUCUGUCAACGGACUCGUCGAACCACUCAAGCAUCUGCCCAAUGCGAGUGUUUCUCACGCUGCCACUAAUAACGAUGCAAACCGUAGUGAACUCAGUGGUUUCGAAGAACCCCAAUCGGUCGCUGGCAAUGUUCCAUUUGCCAUCAGCCUCAGACGACAUGACAGCCCUGUUCAUAAUGAUGCCCGACUGCUUCUUUCAUCGACCCCUGUCCCAUCUCUUUGCAACUUUACGGAAAUUUACAGUGACUCUACAACUCCCGCUAAACCCAAUUACAAUGACUUGGCUGUUGUCGAUCCCGUCGGAAUCAUGCAUAUUGAAGCUGGAACACAGACUGAUCAUCCGGACAUCACACAGUAUGAUAGAGGAACGCAGACGGAUCAAAAUGUCGAUACAACUGAUUCCGUUGAAUUGAAUCACCAACAUCUACCUGAACUGGUUCCGACUCUUAACGCCUGCAAGCAUCACCCUGUUGCUCAUUCUGUUACGGGUGGAACCCGCGGCAGUCAUCUUUUGCCAAUACAUGGCUUCUUCACAGUUCAUGGAAGCCCCAAUCAACUAGCUUACACCUUGACCUUUUUUGAAUCGAUAGCUGAACCUUCGUCAGAGUCUACAUAUGGUCGGACUUCAUCGCUGGCACGAAACGACGCAGUCGAACAGUUAUCAGCUGUGCACGAUCUCGCUGUCAAUAACGCUGAUGAUGACAAAGACUUCCCAGUGUCUGAUUCCCCUCUGAACGCAGACGCGGGGAGCCGGUCACAUUCGAGAGACAGAAGCUCUACACAGCACCACUACGUGUCCAAGGGUCGGAAAGGCGAGCGGUUUUUGUCGGAAGAUGAUGCGCUCCUAGUGCAGUUGAAGGGCGAGGGCCAAUCAUGGAAGACGAUCGCUACAUUCUUCCCUGGUCGCUCAGAAAAUACCCUUCAGAAUCGCUACUACACAAAAUUGAAGCGGACACUUCCAGUGAACGGUCGCGCUCAGAAGCGAGCACGGACGGCCAGUUAUCAAUACUUAGAUGACGAAGAUGGUGCAGAGCAACUGCAGUACGAGUUGAAUAGGAUAGCUGGAGACAGGACUGUCGCUGCUUAAUUAGCACAAACGACGACUCAUGCUGAGACAAGGGUCGGCGCGACUGUGCUCCAGUCAAUAUACAGGUUACAAGCGGGGACGUUGGUCUUCGUGGUAUAUAAAUCUUCUUCACUCCCUUUCUCGACAGAAAACAUUUAUCUUCCCUUUGCAUUUCUCUCACUCUAUUCUCUCCUCGCCAUCAGGUCAGCCACUGCACUCAUCCCUUCAGCGAUACGAUGGAGCCCCAACAUGGUCAUCACACACGGUUCAGCAAAGUCGUAGAUGAUGAUGCACAGCCACGUUGUGAACAUGCUCGGAGCGCAACAGAAGUCAUUGUCAUUGAAGAGAAUGAUGGUGAUUGUCGUCAGUCGAAUGGUCAACUGUCUAACGCGACCACCCAGGAUCAGCAUGCUUCAGGACCAUCUACCGGUCACAAAGGCAAAAGGGACGUUGAUGAUUGUUCUUCCAAAAGUCAUGAUUCUUCAGGAAAGUACCGAGAAAUGUGUUAAUCUUUCAUGAGCAGAAUCGAUCGACUCAAACGAGGGAAUCGCAGACUUUGACAACUUUUGGACGAGCAAAGGCCUGUAAGAGUUUAGAAUAUCCGGUCUACUAGGAGGAGAAAGAGAAAUAGCUAUCCAGUAUAGCGAUCUCAUCUGUUAUGAUUGUAUAUUGGAUCUCAUGAAACGGGAGGCGCUCUUCAACAAGCCCUGCCCUUUAUGCCAAGCAUCCAUAAAAUCUCUUGCUGUGUGCCACCCGGAUUUGAGAUAGGUUGAUUGUCUUUUCACUGUCCUAUUGCGGAAUACAUGUUCUGGAGAAUCAUUGUCGGACAUUCAUCUGCCGUAAGGUAUCAGAUAUGCCGAACAUACUCAUCAGUAUCGCCUGCAUUUACAGUACACUAGCAAAUAUUGAUUUCUUAUACAGUUCUCUCAGGUUAGUCCAAGGGGUCCUUGACUUACACGGACGGUGUCUAUGCUUCCCGUAUUUAUUCACUGCGGUAUGCUAUAUUAUAGGCCUGGCAAUUGGUCGCU